UGACGUCUAAGUGCCAUAAGAUGUCGCAGCAAUCGUGCGCAAGCGCCUCACGAGGGAUGAGUAGAUUCCUUGCGAAGUAAGCGCACAGUCGAGCGUUAGUACGCGAAGCUGCCGUUUCGUUUGUUCGGCGGUUCUCGGCAAACUUCGGUUUCGUAUUGUAAUUGACGGGUAGUAGGGGUAACCUGGAUCGAGCAUAGAGUAAUAGACAGAGAAAGAGAGAGAGAAAGCAAGAUAGAAAUCAGACCAGGACGGUGCAGAGAGCGGAGACCAGCGUGUCUCCUCUCGUGCAUGCGUUCGCUUGUCAGGACUGUGUGUGUGUAUAUACAACACAAAGAAAGAGACAAAAAGACGUAUGCGUGGCGCGGUGAGAAACGUGUUACGAACAGUGACAGACAAGAUGGCGGUGUACUUUGUGCAGUGGUAGUAAUAGUGGUGCGUAGAGCACAUUAAAAAGAGUAGUGGAACGAAGGGGGUUAGUAAAGGGUUGGCAGCUGGUUAGUAUGGAACCAGCUCUGACGUCGACCACGAGACGUCGCGGUCAUCAACAUCAUCCGCGACACGCUACGCGCCGACGUCUCGACGCCUCCAGCAGAGGACCCGCGCAGUGUGGCCCUGCUGAUAUCGUUAAAGAUACGGCGAUCAGAAACAAUGAAACAUCAACAACUACAACGUCACCGAAGCUUGAUGAAAAAAGCAAUGUCAUCGAUACAGAAUGUUCCACUGCGGUGACAGUGCCCACAAUCGGCACGAGGUGGCUUCGUGAUCCGACGGCCACGGUGUCUACGAAAGAUGUAACAUCGAAUGAAGAUUCAAACAAGAUAAAAUACAAUCUUGAGCAUGAUAGAGAAGAAAACAUCCGUCAUAGGCUCGCGCAGUGUAGUCUGGAUGUUGACGAACGACACGAACAAUUUGUUCGUAAAAGAAACGAAAAUGAGAGCUUUGAUAGUUAUAAAAUGGAAAAAGUAUUGGACAAUUCUGAAUCAAAAUCAUGUGAGAAUGAAAUAUGCGAAAACGAAUAUAAUGAAGAAAAGAAAAACAAUGAAAAUUCGCCAGAGCCUGAGCACGCGGUCGCGAGGGCUCGCGGUGAUGGAAACUCUGACGACGAAUCAACUAAUGUCGAGGAGGAUCCUGAACUUGCUGAACUUGCUAAAUUGAGAUGUCCUAGCGAAAGAACUGAGGUACAAGCUGAAAGAGAAGCUAAAAGAAGAAAAAGAUGCGCUGAUUAUCCUGGAUUAGCUUUUGGAUGGUCUAUAUUCUCCAGCGACACAAUGAUGAAAUUCGGUCUCAUAAGGAACGAAUUGCAGAAUAUUAUGGGAAACCAGCUAAAACGGGCUGAAUCCGAAGUAGCCGCUCUGAAUCGUCGUAUCCAAUUGUUGGAGGAGGAUCUCGAGAGAUCGGAGGAACGCCUUGCAACAGCCACUGCUAAAUUGGCAGAGGCGUCGCAAGCAGCGGAUGAGAGCGAACGGAUACGCAAGGCACUCGAAAACCGUACCAAUAUGGAAGAUGACCGGGUAUCCCUGUUGGAGCAGCAGCUAGCACAGGCUAAACUGAUCGCCGAGGAGGCGGAUAAAAAAUACGAGGAGGUCGCCAGAAAACUAGUCAUGAUGGAACAAGAUCUCGAACGCGCCGAGGAGAAGGCGGAACUUUCAGAAGGGAAGAUCGUUGAGCUCGAGGAGGAAUUGCGCGUAGUUGGCAACAAUCUGAAAUCCCUCGAGGUCUCCGAAGAGAAGGCCAACCAGCGUGAAGAGGAGUACAAGAACCAAAUUAAGACUCUUACCUCUCGCCUAAAGGAGGCUGAAGCUCGUGCCGAGUUCGCGGAAAGAUCGGUGCAGAAGUUGCAGAAGGAGGUCGACAGGCUCGAAGGUGCGUAUUCAUCAGGCAUUUAUAUUUUCGUUUCGCGUGAUUAUGGUCAAUUUUUCGUUCUCGAGACUUUUACUUUCUCGAACGGCCCAUUAUAUUCUUUCAUCUCUACAAAUAGCGUGGAGAAUUAUUUUAUUUUCCUGAUACUUCAGUUGUAUUACUUUCUAGCGUUAGAGAUUACAUUCUUUGUUAGAAUAAGAGAGAGAGAACUACGAAUCGAAUACGUUAAUAGUCGAAGGGAGCAGAGUAAGAUAGUAUAAAUUAUAGUCUUAAUUAUACUCGUGAUAACUUGUUAGGGAUUUAUUAACCAAUAACAUUGCUUAUUUCCAAAUUGACUAAAUAUCCCAGUUUGUUUGAGUGCAUUCAAUAAUUAAUAGAAAUGCAAACGACAGUCAUUUGGAGUUUAUGGAUAGGAGAAUUUAAUAAAGUACGAUUUUAUUUAAUGAAAAUCCCCGUUUUAAAUAUAAUAAUAUUACUAAAAAGACAAUAAGAAAAAUAAUUAAAAGAAAAAAUAUUUUUUUUCUAUAAUCAUUCUUCUGUGAUUAUAUUUGUGACUUGUUUUUCUAAUUCUAUGUUUUACACAUAUACAAUAUAAUAUACUGAAAAAUUUUGUUUAUAAUUAUAAACAAUUCUAUUAAUGGAUAUACUUCAUCUAAUAAAUCGAACGAUCGAUUUUUUCUCCAUCUACGAAAUAAUUAUGCCUGUCGUAUGCUCUAAAAAAUAAGAAAGAUAUUAUCACGUGUUUGCCGAUUUUAAUACUAACGUCGACGAUGACGACGAUCUAAAAUAAUAAUGACAUAAUAGGAUCGUGUCUCGUCGUCUCGUGUGAAGUAUGCAUUUGCUCAAUGAUCGACAUGUUUCCUUUCUAACCCUCUACAACCCCUUGAGCGUAUUUCCAUGAUCGAGGAAAUCGCUUCGCGUCCACUUUGUGUCUUGGUGUGCGUGUGCAGCCACCCUCUAACCAGUGAUCUUUCCAGACGACCUUGCCGCCGAGAGAGAGAAAAACAAAUUGCUGCAGGAGGAGAUGGAGGCCACCCUGCAUGACAUCCAGAACAUGUAGAUCAUGUCUCGCGCUGAUAGAAAAACGAGAGAGAGAGAGAGAGAGAGAGAAAGAGAAAAAAAUAGAUAUAGUAACGAAAAAAGAAACAAAACAGAAACGUUCAAACAAAAGCAUACGCUGAUACUAGGAAUACGAUUCCUUUGAAAUUAAAGGAAAAAACAGAAAAGUAAAUAAAUAAAGUAAAAACGCAUAGAACACGUAUUCGAAAGGGAUGAGGGAAUCGGAGAAUGAAAUGAAUGAAAUCGAAUUAAACGUGGAAAGUUAAAAAAAAAAAAAAAAAAAAAAAAAAAAAAAAACAAGAGAAGGGGGAAAAAUAUGAUAAAGGAAAAAUAUCGUUGAAAAAGUAAAGUACACGCUGUGCGAUGUGAGCGCUUUUGUGUGUGGUGCACACUAUCAACGAAACGAUAAAAAAAGAAGAAUGAACAAAAAAAAAGAAAAAGUCUCAUGCAGUCUCUUUUAGGCUAGAUUCACACAUCUACCAUUGUAAACGCCCAUCUCAAACAAGCGCCCCGGUUAUGCAAUUCUUUUUUCGUGUGUGUACGUGUGAUUCAUGCAUGUGUGUUAUAUGCUGCUGUUGCUGUCGCUAUUGUUGCGUGUAUGUGUGUUCUGCGCGCGCGAGAAAUCGAGGGAAACCAGACGAGAUAUAGAUAGAAAAAAGAAGAAACGAUGGAUAUUCCAGUAUAAAGUGUAAAGUAUAAAAAAGAGAUAGAGCGUGCGGUUUGUCAAAGGGAUUUGAAGUUAUUUCCCUUUUUUAAUCCGUUCCUUUUCUUUUCUUUUCUUUUUUUUUUUGAAGUUUUUUGUCCGUUUGUUGUCCAAACAACUUGACUGUUUUUUUUUUCCUUUUUUAACGCUACGCUUUAGUUUCAAUCGAUUUGAUCAUUAACAAAUGCUAAUGAUUUCUAAUGCGAUCCCUGAAACCAUUUCAACAAACGACAAACAUUGUAAAGAAAGAUCGUGAAUAAAAGAAUAGGAGACAAAGAAUAAUUAAAAACGGUAAUCAAUCAAAGUAUAAUGGAAUACAUCGAGGAAGAAUUUUCAAUUCAAUUCAGUCUGCCAAAUAUUUUCUGCUAGUUACGUACUGCCUAUCGCGUAUCGUGGUCUCGGGGAAAAUUCGAUCUUUUGCGGUUCAUAUCCGGUCCAAUUCGGAUCCCUGAUAUUUAUAUCAUUCUAUAUCUUGAAUUAAUAUCUUUUGUCGAAAACAUAAUUCUUCUACAUCAUAGUUAUUAUUAUUAUUUUUUUUAAUGAAAUUGAAUUAAUUAACUCUUUAUUAGCAUAAUAAAAUUAAGAAAUGAGAUUGUAACAAAAUGCAAAGAAUACAAAUCUGCGCUAAAAUUAAUGAAAUAGUUAAUAUCUGAAAAUAUCUCAGAUGUUAAAAUUCAAUGAUAAUCAUAAUUAAAAAGAUUCCAAUAUAAAUAUAUUGGAACAUUCUAAGGAAUUUUUGACAGAUUUGACUAAAUAAGCAAAUUCUUCCUCAACGUAGUACAUUGUUGAUAAGAAAAGAAUGAACAAAAAAAUUGUUCGUCACUUUUCGUCAUUUACAUUCCAUAUUGCCUGUGGUUCAGCGUGAAAAAAAAUAUUCUUGGUCUUCUUCCAUGCUCGUUCGCGCACUGGUGAUACAAAGGUUUAAAGGCUUUUAAGAGACGCUCACUGCCAGCCAAGUGAUUCCUUUUGAGAGACAAAUUCAAUAUUAAACUUGUGUUCGCGCGUGAUUCAUUCAAAAAAAAGAUUAUUAUUAUCAUAACUAGUAAAAUUUAGAAUUUAGCGAGACAAGUGUUGUAGAAAUGAGACCUAUAGAAAUUUUUUGUAUUUUUGUAUUUUACACUAAUAGAAUUUUUAGCGUAUACAAUAAAUAGGCGAUUUCAAAACAUAAAAUCCAAUAAAAAGAAGGAGAUUCUUUGUGAAUAAUUAACAAGCGUAAAAUAAAAAUCUUCACUUUAAAGAAAUUUAUUCUACGUCUUGUAGAAUUUUAUUUUUUUCCAAAGUAUCGCUUUCUUUAAUUUUUUCUAUCACAUAUUCCCAAGCACAACGCGAUUAAAAAAUAUGAAAAGAUCAUUCAAGGAAACAAUCUCGAUUAUGAGAUUCGAUUCAUACAAAUUGUAGAUAUUAUAAUCUCGAAAUCUUUUUCGUCGCAAAAGGGAUGCAUCUUGCAAUUUUAUGCAACAAUUAUUUGCAAGAAACGGAUAAACGAGAGAUACGUUCGAAAAUCAUGUGUUCUACUUCACGCUGAACCAUUUCGAUGUUUACCGAUCGUGCCUGGAUUAAUUUGUUAUAUCAACGGUUAUUGCCUGGCCACUCGCAAAUUUCGAUUCAUUGAAUGAUUAAAAAAGAAAAAAAAAGGGAAAAAUAAAAAAGAAAGGGAAAAUGGAAUGAGAAAAUUUCUAUUUCGCAUAUUUCAUCUUGCAAUCGUUCAUCUUUGCUGUUAAUAAAUACCAUUGCUACAUCCGUAUUACGUUUUUACCCCUAAUCCAAAGUAUAUUAUCGUGAUAGCACGAUAAAUUUUUGAGGAUCAUGAAGAAUACUGCCUAUCUAUGUAUUUAAUUCCUUUGGUUAUUCCCGUUGUAGUUUUUCUGUGACGAAAUCUCUUUGGAUGUUUUCUUUUAUUUAUUUUUUUUUUUUUUUUUAUAUAAUGAAUCUUGAAAGUUUCAGCUUUGCAGAAACAGUCGGAGAACUUUCUGUGAAAUAGUUAUAGAUUUUGUAUAGCUUGAUCAAAGUACCAUCUGUAGCAUCUACUGAAAUAUCGUUUUAUGAAAUUUUUGUAUUUUGUGAUUUUGUAUUCACUUUGAUUUGUUGGAAUAUUUUAAGUUCGAAUAACUUUUAUUUAGAUGUUAAAAUUUCGAGAAAACGUCCGAAGAGAAUAAUGCAUUUUGCGGCAAACGUCACGAGUAUUUCAUAGAGAAAAAGUUAGAGAAUGUGUGAGAAACAAAGCAAGCAUGAUAAUGAAGAAAUGAAGAAGAAAGCACAAUAAUUACAAUUCCAUGUGUCCUAUCGUUAACGAUAAAAUUUUUUUUGUUAUUCCCGUUUUUUUCGAGAAAAUGCCAACAGAGUGAAAGGAUAAGAAAGAUAGAAAAUGAAUGAAUGAAUGAAUGAAUGAAUGAAUGAAUGAGAAUGAGAGAAAAGUAAAAAUGCAUAAAAAAGGAAACGCAGAUACUUCAGUUCAUACUUGAGAGUUUUAGUUUAUUAAUUUACUUAAUAUUAAUAAAAAAACGAAUGGAAUGAUAAUAACACUAAUAUCAUUGUAAUAAUGAUUAUUAUAUAUAUAUUGCUAUUAUUAUAAAACUGUUUGUAAUAUAUAUUUUAAUUUUGAAAAAACA